AUGUCCGGGCGCUACGGAAUGUCCCGUGUUUGUAUACCCGUCUCUCCUUCAGCGUACCCUCUCGCCGAUCCUGACAUAUCUGAGCUGGUAUAUUCUAUGAUGAGCGAGGAUCCGUCUCUCGAUAUCCAUGCUCUCAAAUCCCAGGAGCUCCUUCAAGCUCUUCUAGCUCGCCCGGAUUGUGCGAUACUGGCCGAACUUGCGGCAUUACGAAGCCAGGGAUGGGAAUCGGAAUCUUUGGAUAGCGUAUUUCUCGCACAGCGGACGACUGCAGAUACUAAUAGGUCUCCUGAAGAUGAUACCAAGUGGCUGCAUCUGAUGUGCAAAAGCCUUAGUCAAAUGGAUAGGCAGAAACGCUUUAUUCACACAAAUCGGUUCAUAGAUAUUGGUUGUUUCCCUGGCGGUUAUUCCACGUACAUUUUACAGAAAUGCCCACUGGCUACAGGGCUUGGCAUAUCGCUUCCUUUUGAGGACGGAGGGCACGGGUUAGCAAUCCCAGCUGAUCUACUUCCUCGUAUGGAGCUACGCACAGCAGAUCUAACCAAUUUCGAUCUUGCGCCCUCCAUUCCUAAACCACAAACACUCUUUGUCCAGCUAGGAACCUUGCCUUUCGAACUCAACAGCUUCGAUCUAGUAGUAUGCGACGGCCAUUCAUUGCGCAACAAUCCCGAUAACAUGGACAGACCAUGGAACUGGACACGACUACUGAUCUCUCAGCUUCUUAUGGGAUUGCGCGCUGUCUCGGCUGGAGGGACCAUUUUCCUCAAGCUCUCCCAUCUUGAAAAGGCGCUGGGAGCACGCAUACUCCUAGCUUUAUCCCGUGUUGCGCGCUCAGUUCGAACAAUCAAGCCUCAGCUGCAUGCUAUUCGAGGGACGUUUUACGUUAUAGCGCAGCAAAUAUCUAUUAAAUCAACAAACUACCGGAUUUUGAUCGAAUCAUUGGAAAGGCUUUGGUACAAUAUGAGUUUUGAGGGAGAGACAGGCCACGGUCGGGCGAUCACAUGGGAAGAAGAGGAUACAAUCUUGAAUUGGGACGAAGUGAUGAGCGAAGGUGGGCUCAAUAAGCUUGCGCGUUUUGGCGCCGAGGUGUGGGGGGUUCAAUGCAACGCUCUGCGUAGGAUGUUACAUGCGAGGGGAAUUGGGGCCAAAAAUAUUAACAAUCGAAUGGGUGCUUCAGAAGAUGCUCGCCACUAG